UUUUGUUAGAGGACAUCAUCAAUUCUCUUUCUCAUGACAAAUAUAUGAAUACCAUGGAACAUUUCAACAUCGGAGAUCUCAUUACAGCCGAACUUCACAAGUUAAUUGUUCCCACUUGGUAUCGCUAUAAUUACGAUCAGUUCUUGAAUUUCUUCCCCAAGCUUGAAAAACUGCAAGCGUUGGUAUUGUGUCAUUCUAAUAUUGAUAAUUCUUGUUUAAAAAUCUUAGGGACUUGGUGUAAAAACUUAAGGAUAUUGGAUGUUAACGGUUGCAAUAGAUUGACGGACACUGGCAUUGAAUGGUUAAUUCGCAAACCAACGGAACUGAGCAAGACUCUUGAAGAAUUGUUGGUGAACUGCGCUGCUGUAACAAAAAGAGGAAUCAAAAUGGCUGUAGAGAAUUUUCCAGCCUUGAAGGUCGUCGCGAAUGGCAGCACCUUUGAUGUCUUAGUGGAAGUGGCUCAGUCAGCGGCGCAAGCUCAACCACACAAAAAUAGUUCAUUCACUCGUCUAGUCAUUCGCUCUGCUGGAGUAUAUACAAGCGGUCAACUUGGAUCAGUAGUGCGAUAUUGCCCAUCGCUUUUCGAAAUCAUUAUUGAGGUUAAAGUGGGAUUCACAGAUACUGAUCUGUUUUGCCUAACGAGUUUGAAGAACCUACAGAUUCUCAAACUCUUAAAUCAUCGCCGAAAUUCUUAUGGAGAAGAAAUAACCUUUGAUAAGGGCCUUGCUCCAGUGCUGAAGGUAAUCGGAGGUUCAUUAAAAGUCCUUAACCUUUCAUACUUUGAAUUCGUUGACAUUUGGACCAUCGUCAAAUUUUGUCCCAAUUUAAUGGCCUUGGCCUUCGAAAAUCAAUGCCAAAGUUUAAGUGUCUUGUCUGAAAAGGAAGUAAUUGAAUUGCGUAAUGAAAAAGGUCGAGUUUAUUUUAAAGAUCUUAAGCUUCUAGGGUGCGGCUGUAAUCUUUCAAAUGACAUUCUAUUUGAUUUACUAUCUUGUCCUUUACUAGAGAACGUUGACUUAGUAUUUUGUGACGCGCUCACUGACGAUUUUUUACAAAAAGUAAUGGCGAAUGGCUUCUUAAAAAAUCUACAGUUAUUACGUUUACAAUCCUGUCAUUUAGUGACAAAACAGGGAUUAGAUGAACUAGCGAUAAAAGACAAUAUUCUUAAAAAAAUACGCAUCUAUUUUUGUGAAAAGCUAACUGGCGAUAACGUAUUUGAAUGGCACAAAAUUGCAUGUGAUAAAAAUUGGGAAUUGCAUAUAGACUUUAAGAGUUUUGGUACUGAACAUAUUACCAUUGAAGUAUAA